AUGGGGAUGACAGAGCUGUCACAGCUUACACCCAUGAGGAGUAUAGCUUCCAUGUCUAGCAUGAGUUUCACAAACACUCAUGAUGAUUCAAGCACUCAAUCGCUGGAACUCAUUACUAUUAAUGAUCUCUAUGACACUGAAGAUUUUGGUGACUUUUGGAUAGCUGCAAGGGUAAAUGGUGUGGAAAAACCAAGUGAUUGGUUUUAUAUUUCAUGUCCUCAUAAGGACUGCAAUAAAGCACUCAAACUUUCUGAGGGUGUCAAUAAGUGUUUCAAAUGUAAUCAAAUCCCUGAUGGUAGUGUUAGAAAGUAUAAACUUAGAGUGCGUGUGGUUGACAUGAAGGGUACUGCAUCCUUUUUGCUAUGGGAUAGGGAAUGCAUGGAUUUGCUAGGUAUUGUAGCAGAAGACCUAUAUGAAAGGAAUUUGAAUAACCUUGGACACAUAAAGGAGAUAUAUGAACUCAUAGGGAGGACAAUGCUUUUCAAGAUUUCAGCAAAGAAGGAACACUUUGUUCGUCGUAAUAUCCCAUUUCCUGUAGUGAAAAUUAACACUGACCAGUUAGUGCUGCAACAACUCUGCCCUGAUCUUCUAGCUUUAGAAGAAAAUGACUUUAACUCUGAAGGCCCUAUAAGCGAGGGGGAUGAUAAAUUUUUGGAGGGGUUUGAGAGUGAUGAGGGGGAGAGUCCUGUUGCUCUGUUGGCUCCAACGAGUAGUACAAAUUGUACUACUGAUGGACCAGUCAAGCGUUGUUUGCUUGAUUCAUUCUCCUCAACCAAGGGUGGAAAGAAAGUGAAGCAAUGCCAUGUCAAUUGGGUUACUAUUGUGUAUGACAGUUAUGUUUUGUUUCUGGUGUUGCUUUCUGUUUUAAACUGUACCCCGAAUUUCGCUAUUGGUUAUGAUUCAAGGUCUAAGGGCAGGAGAUGUAAAGCAGAAACUUUGAGCAAAGUUGGAGCACUGCUAUAA